AGCCCCGACUGCGGCGGCAUCCGGGACGGCGGGCGGGCUGGCCACCCGGGACAGGAAGGUGAGAUCCGGGACCUUAGCUUUGCAGGCAGGCUCUGCCGGCGGCCGCUGACUGGCGCUGGGCUCGCGACGCUGUAGGGCGGCGAGGCCCGGGACUGGCGCAGUCAGCGCAACCCUGGUCGCGGCGUGCCGGCACUGCAGCGCGGCAGGGGGCGGGGCCGGCCGCCUGGAGGCCCGUGUGGCGGGGACGCCUCCCGGCCGGGUCGGGUCCCCAUAGCGGGUCUCCGGCGGCAGCGACGGGGGCCGGGCCGCGCGUGACCCGCCGCAGUCACGCCGUUCUUAAUCACUAGUAGCUGGUGCUCCAGGCUGGCGGCGCUCACCUUUCUCCUAGCCGGGUGACCCAGGGGAGUUAUUUUAUGGUGGCUUUCUCUGAAAUGCCAAAGCCACCCGAUUAUUCAGAGCUGAAUGACUCUUUAACGCUUGCCGUGGGAACAGGAAGAUUUUCGGGACCAUUGCACAGAGCAUGGAGAAUGAUGAAUUUCCGUCAGCGGAUGGGAUGGAUUGGAGUGGGAUUGUAUCUGUUAGCAAGUGCGGCAGCAUUUUACUAUGUUUUUGAAAUCAAUGAGACUUACAAUAGGCUGGCCUUGGAACACAUUCAACAGCACCCUGAGGAGCCCCUUGAAGGAACCACAUGGACACACUCCUUGAAAGCUCGAUUACUCUCCUUGCCUUUUUGGUUGUGGACAAUUAUUUUUCUGGUACCUUACUUACAGAUGUUUUUGUUCCUAUACUCUUGUACAAGAGCUGAUCCCAAAACAGUGGGCUACUGUAUCAUCCCUAUAUGCUUGGCAGUUAUUUGCAAUCGCCACCAGGCAUUUGUCAAGGCUUCUAAUCAGAUCAGCAGACUACAACUGAUUGACACAUAAAAUCAGUCACCGUUUUUUCCCUGCGAUUACAAAACUGCCAGUCCUAUAUGGAGUCUGAUCACAAGACUGCAGUUUCUUCACAGAUCUCAGGAAGUUGUGGUGGGGCAGAGGCUUUUUAAAAACAUGUGAUCAGGGGGCUAUCUUUAUCUGAAUAAUAAUGAAUUUUUAGGUAAAACCUGAGAUAGAGUACUACAAAAUCAUGUUGAUGACUUCAGAUUUUGGAAGUUAAAUCGUGUCUGUUAUUUGCAUUCUUUAGAAACUUGACUAAGUACCUGAAUUCAUAUUUCUAUUCUACUGUGCAACAUAGUGAUGAUUCAGAAAUUUUUCCUUUGGGGAAAAAAAAUGAAUAUGAACAUUUCCAUUGUGUUAAGUGUAAAAAGGUCCAGACAUGAUCAUAAAAUUUAAAUUUUAUACAGUUA